UCGGCAUUUCUGUGAAUGACAAUACGCGUGCACAUUUUUUAUAAUUCCUUUUCUCUUGUUUCAGGUUGUAAAAUCAAAGCUCUACGCGCAAAAACAAACACAUACAUCAAGACACCGGUGCGCGGAGAGGAACCCGUGUUUGUAGUCACGGGGCGCAAAGAGGACGUCGCGCGGGCUAAACGCGAGAUCCUCUCCGCCGCCGAGCACUUCUCACAAAUUCGCGCGUCACGCAAGUGUGGUGCCGCCCCGCCACCACCCGCUGGGGCGCCCGGCCACGUCACAGCCCAAGUGCGGGUGCCCUAUCGCGUCGUCGGCCUCGUAGUUGGCCCAAAAGGAGCUACCAUCAAACGCAUCCAGCAUACAACACACACAUACAUUGUGACACCGUCGCGUGAACGCGAGCCGGUCUUUGAAGUGACCGGGCUGCCCGAGAGCGUUGAAGCAGCCCGUAAAGAGAUUGAAGCGCAUAUCGCUUUGCGUACUGGGGCAGCUGGAGGUGCAGCGACGGGAACUGGGGCGCCUGGGAGCGAGGGAGAACCUCUCGCGCAGUUAUAUCGUGCGGGUUUAGCCUCACUUCUGCGCCCUGAGCAAGAGGCCGCUUUCUCAUCUGCUGGAUCUUGCUCGUCUGGCGGCUCCUCAGGCAGACUCGGCGAUCUGCUUGGCAUCUGGUCAUCUACAGAGCGCGACGAGGGGCUUGGUGAGUCGCCGUCGUUCGAGUCACCCGGCGCAGGCGGCGUGUGGGCGUGGGGACCGCCUAGGCCAUCGCCGGCUGCGUCGCCCGCGCGCACGUGCGCCGUGUGCGGCGAACGCGGGGUGGCGGCGGCGCUGGUGCCGUGUGGCCACAAUCUGUUCUGCCUGGAGUGCGCGCAGAGACUCGCCGCGACGGCCGCGCCGUGCCCCGCCUGCGCUGCGCCCGCACAUCAAGCCAUUCGCAUACUCUCGUAAAUCAGUGCGGCACGCCGCAUUCCCGUCAUCGCGGGCUCGAUUUUUUUACUUAAAUCGUUACGAAAAUAAUAAAAAAAAAAUCGCGUAAUCGAAAUCCUGGUGCCAAAAGUCGGCGCCUCGCCGGCACGGCCCGUCCGCCGCGCCGUACCUAUCGUAAGUCGGCAGAGUUACUCACGAUAUAUUUUCUUAUUAUGAACGUUUUUUAUUAUGGCGUCGAGCGUCCGUGUUCGUAGCCACAGAGAGAGUCGAGGUACGUUACGAUAGAAUUUCGAAAAAAAUGCAUAAAAUUUAAAAAAAGUUGUAUAAUUAUUAUUAUUAUUAUUGAUAGCAUAAAUGAGAAAUCGAAAAUUUAUAAAGCUUACCUAACGUAGUAGCGUAAAAUAUUAAGAUAUCGUAAUAUAAUUAAAGCGAGGGACGGGCGGCGUGGGGAGCGAGCCGCGCGGAGCGGCCUUAGCCAAUGUGUUGUUGAUAGGUAAUGAGUGCAGGGCGUGUUGUUGUGUCGACUGUGGGUAGGUAGAGUAAGAGUAGUGUAAUGGCCGCCCGCCGCGAGCGCCGCCGCUACGGGCAGCGAGCCCGCUAGGGGCAGCGAGCCCAGUAGGGGCAGCGAGCCCGCUAGGGGCAGCACCGCGCCGCCCGCACCGCUCCCCCGCGACCCAUGCUCAUUAUUUUGACUAUACGAUUAUUCGCUUAAAUGAUAUUAUACAUACGUACACACUAUGAUUAUGAUAAUAUUAAUAUAAUGUUUGUUUUAAGUGUGUUUUAAUGUUUAGAUUUUUAUUGUAAUGUUUUUAUGAAUGAUUUUUAUCUGUACGAUUAUUAUUAUUGAUUAUUAUUUUAUGUGUUGACGAUGUUUUUUUGUGAUUAUGUGCGCCCGCGCAAGCGUUGCGCGGACCGAGGCUGCCGUGUGCUCGUUUAGUGGUUAAUAUCGACUAAUAAAUUUAAAGUAAUAAAUAAUAAAGAAAUAAUACGACUCAUUCAUUAUUAUUAUUAUUAUAAAAUAUAGUAGUUUGUAGCACGACAUUGACUAACCAUUACCUAUUGAUACUUAUUAAGUAUUAUUAUUAUUAUUAUAUUGAAUAAAUUUAAUAAAUGCAUAAUUAUAUUUCAUAGGAAUCAUUAUUCUGUAUAACUCUAGUUAAAUAUAACGAUAAUAAAUAUUAUUGUAUUUGUAUGGGACGGUAUUGUUAUUUAGUUCAACGGGGGGCUGGUUUUAUGAAUUAAUAUUUUUUUAUUUUUUUACCGUUAUUAGUUUUUGACUUACUCAUGUAAAGAUACGCGAGGAUUAAAAACUGCCUAUUAGAUUAUAUUUUAAAAAAUAAAGUUUACGUAAAAUCAGCCCUCAUCGUACGUAGAUCCAGUUAUUUCGAUAAUUUUAUUUUCAUAUUAAAAUGGGUAGACGCUUUAGGUUCAAAUAACGUUGUGAAAAUUUGUGAAAUUUUGUAGACUACAUAUCUUAUUAUAAAUCUAAUAUAAACUAUAAAUUUCGAA